AUGACCGUGGAGAACUUACCUCCCUGGUAUCUACCGCCGGAGGAAAUCCAAGUCGAGCCAACACCAUUUGCUCAAGGUUCUUUCGCGUCAGCUCACUACGGAACGUGGGGCUAUAGCACAAGUGUCGUGCUUAAACGUUUCCAUGUUGAGGACAUUACAGCGGACGAGCGAGUGCGACAAAAGGUCGUUGUUGAGAUCACUAGGUGGUACUGCUGCAAUCAUCCGAACGCCUGCGAGCUGUUUGGCGGUUCACACGCCAGCGCACCACCGUUUAUCGUGUGUGAAAAUGCCACAGACGGUAAUAUGGCUUCAUUUCUUGCUCGGUCGGAGGCCAACAAGCAGCAAAUGUGGCGAUUGUUGUACGAGGCCACUCUUGGAUUGGACUAUCUCCACAAGAAUGGCGUGGUGCACGGCGACCUUAAGCUAAACAACAUCCUGGUGAGUGCUGACGGACAAGCGAAAUUGUCAGACUUCGGUUUGAGUGUCGUGCGGACGCCCGGCGAUUCCAGCAACGCAACUCUCGGAAUGUUUGUUGGUGGGGGCUUACGAUGGCGUGCCCCAGAGUGCCUAACACAAGCACCGACGUUUGCUUCGGAUGUGUACUCGUUCGCGAUGUGCAUUAUCGAGGCCGUGAGCGGUGAGCCCCCAUUUGGAUUUGUGGACGACAACAGCGUUCUUGAGAUGGUUAAGAACUGCGUAAUCCCAGCUAAACCAGAUGACAUGCUGACUGAAGGGUGGGAGCUAGUUAUGGCCAUGACGAACAUGGACCCAAGCAAGCGGGCUACUCUCUCCUAUGUACUUGAAAAGCUCAAUAACCUUGCUGAAGACGAAGAA